UCGAUUUUAACGGCACUGCGGGACUUUUAAACAAUGAUCCGGAACAACGGGAUGCGUUAAGAAAAUCGGGACAGGCGGUAUGGGCUGUUGUCUGUCUAGGUUGCCUAGUGGGUAAUCCGGCCCUGGACGGAAGAAUAUUUGAUUAAAACGCUCCUUAUAGUUUCUGUUUGUGACUUUUAAUUCCAUCAGUGCUAAUGAAGCCUAAUUUCCAGAUGUGGCUUCAGCAAAGGCUUAAAGUUUUCCCAGGGCUACUGUCCAGCAGUUGGGCACGUAGAGUCCUUGCAGUCUCUGGAUUCCUGGUAAUUAUCUACUGGUAUAUCUUCUCAGGGUCUCGUUACAGAUCAUUUUGGUAUUCAGGCAAGCCAAGGGGUAUUUCAGGAGCUUGUCUGCAGGCUCAGACCAUGCAAUGGAAAACAUUGGAGGAGAAGGGGGAUGUGGUUAUGGCCAGUUUUCCUGGUGAGGAAACCAAAUUGCAAGGGCCAGCCAUGGUUGGCAAUGGACACAUCAUUGUGGAUGUUGGUAAAAAUAACCUUUGGGUCUCUUCAUUGUCAGUACUAUUUCAUCUGACCAAUUAUUCUCCAUUGACCUUUGUUAAGAAUGUAGGCGCAUUGGCAGAGACUCGUGCAACUACAGUUUUCCUCAAAGAAGGUUUGAUAAGAACCAUUAGUUGCCGACAGCUUGAAGCAGCAGACUCACCCCGUGACUGUGUUACAGUGAAAGAAGAUCAUUUUGCACAUAGAAGCAGGCCACAUGUAUACAUACAAAAAAUUCACAUUCACAAUCCAAGUGACAGAGUGGUGGCUUUUGAUAUCUCAUCUCAGAAACCCCUUACAGGGGAGGCAUUUUCCACCAGUGUGGAGAAGGUUCAAGAAAGGCAAUUCCUCCUGUCAUCUGGGAGAGUAUCUGUUGAAGAUGGCAAAAUUAUCUUAGUUGUGGUUGCCACCAACAAGUUAGUCAGUAGACUGCAAGUAAGUCCAAAAUCAGAGCAUGAUGAAACUGUACUUUCUGUUGUGUAUGCGUCUGAGCCAAUAGACCCUGGGAAGCUGUCUGAUACCUUAAGUAAGUUACGAGAAUCUGCAAAGAAGGAAAUGGUUGAAUUGAUGCACAUGAAAAUUGAAGACUUGUUUCAUGAACAUCAACAAAUUUGGUCAGACUUGUUUGUAUCAGGCAUAGAGAUGAAAAAGAUUACAGAUUUGCAUACUCCAUCCAGAGAUACCAUCAACAUUACUCUUUACUACAUGCUUUCUUGUUCUCUGGCACCAUUGGUGGAUCCCAUUUUAAGUAAUGAGGAGAGAGAGAAAAUGGAAUCAUUUCUGAAUUAUGCAGAUCACUGUUUCACUGGUCAUUCCUCCAUGCAUGCUGAGAAUUUGUGGCCUAAUAGCAUUAGUGGUAUUACACAACUUUUGCAACUCUGGGAUUUAUGGAAAUUAACUUUACAAAAAAGAGGAUGCAAAAGUCUUGUGUCAGCUGGUGCCCAUGGACUAAUGCAGGGUAUGCUUCUGAGCUUUGGAGGUUUGCAGUUUACAGAGAACCACUUGCAGUUUCAGUCAGACCCACACGUCCUCCACAAUAGUUACUCACUUCGUGGAAUACAUUAUAACAAGGACCUUAUUAACCUUGCUGUCCUGCUGGAUCACGAUGAGAAGCCUUUUCUCCACGUGUCUGUGAAAUUUCAGGAUAAGUUGGUAAAACUUUAUGCCUGUGAAGCAGGAUGUCUAAAUGAGCCAGUCGAAUUGACUUCUGAAAUUCGAGGGCACAUAUUUCCAGUGCUCAUAACUCAGCCAUUAACCCCGCUGCUGUAUAUUGCUACAGAUUUGACACACCUUCAGGAUUUAAGACACACCCUUCAUCUGAAGGAAAUUUUGGCACAUGAAGAACAUAUGGCAAAGCAAUAUCGAGGGCUGCCUUUCUUGUUUUGGUUUAGCGUGGCAUCGCUUAUCGCACUGUUCCAUUUGUUCUUGUUUAAACUUAUCUACAAUGAGUACUGUGGUCCAGGUGCCAAGCCACUCUUCAGGAGUAAGGUAUAAUUCUAAAUCUAGCUCAAGCUUCCUGUUGCCUAAUACAGAGCUGUUCUUCAUGAUGGUUGUGCCUGGUUUCUAAAAUAUAAUGUUUGCCUGGGAAUUUUGCUUGGUGUGUGCAUGUGGUGAUGGUUCUUCAGUUUCCACAGAAUAUGUCAUACAAUAGAAGUGAACAUUUUAGAAACAUUUUCAAAUUUAAAAAAAGCUGCACUGUUAAUUGAAAAGCACAAAACUUGUUUGUAAAACUGUUGUAGAAAAUACAUUUUCUGAGUCAUUGUAUUCACCACAAAAGGAAUUUAAUUUAUUUCCUGUUUAAAGUAGGUUACAUUUUUCAGUGUGCAUUGCAUUUAUAAACUUUAAAUUAUAUAGAUUGCCACUGGAUUUUGCAUAUUGAUAUGCUUUUGGCCUGUGUGGCAGACAUACCAGCUUAGUAAACAAAUCAAUGGAAUUAUAAAUACAUUUGUUACCAUAUUGAUUUAGGAAAUGUAAGGCAACUUACAGUAUGUUAGACACAUAGAUAAAUCUGUUAGAAAGACAGGUCCAAAAACAGACUUUUUCUGUUAAUAACUCCGUCAUAUUUUGGCUCUUUCCACAGGAGUUUUGUAAUUUUAGGGUGUGGACCUUUUAUGAGUUUAUGGAAAUUAAGUACAUCUGCUUAUAUAAUACAAGUAAUUGUACACUUCAAUAGUGGCAGUUCUUACUGCAAGAUUAUGCUUUUUAAUGAUACUUUUAUGAAGUUCAACUACUGUUUCCCCCUCCUUUAUUUAUUUGAUUCUAGUGUAAAGUUCUAAACCUGCUUUAAGGUUUAUUUUUGAUUGAAUUUGCAUUUCUGUGCAAAUGUUUUCAUAUUGAUGAAUUACUUUUUUGCCUUGUCAGCCUCUUAAUACUUCAGUUUAUGUUAUUUUGCAACAAAUUACAGCAACAUGUUCUACUUUUUUCAAGUUUCUUUUGGGAUUUUUCAAAGACAAAGAUGUAUCCUUUUAACACGUUUUAGUAAUUUUUUUUGUAAUAAAAAUAUUGUAAAUGCA